GGAAGUACUCUAUUUACUACACAAAGUUUACUGGAAGUGGAAGGUACAUCUUGAAGGCAUACGUGAGCGGUCACAACGUUAACGUGUCCUGCAGGACGGCAUGUUCUGCAAGCUCCAAUAUGCCCCUCAUUAUAAAGCAGAAUACUACCGAAUCACCUAUAGGGCCCUGCAAUGUGUCCGAUGAGUAUCCCAAAGAGUGUUGCCAACUGUCCAAUUCGUAUCCCAAAAAGUGCUUCCCUUCCUACAACGGCACCUUCGAGUACGAACCCCAGCGGCCAGAAGAAGAGACAAUCAACGGCACUUGGUACAGGGUUGUCGAUGGAGGAUCAUUCUAUGUUGACCACAAUAUCACCGAAAGCAUGUACCCGCCAUUGAAACCUUGGAAAUUUCAAGUCUGUUGUGCGAGACCAGGAAACAAUGGCACUCUUCUCGUUGAGAUGAGCUGGAAUUGGGCGGGUGCACACCUGAACUCUGGAAAAGCGUCAUCAAUCGAUAUCCGUGUGAGUAAGACGUCCGCAAGUCUCGAGGAAAACUUCGAGUCACAAGGGAAGAUUGAUUCAACCGAUUUGGUUAAGGGAACCUUAGAACCUGGUGAAGCGUUCGAGCUUAACGAAGUUACCAUAUCACUUUCACGUGACUGGGCAGAAGUUACAGAAAAAUAUACAAGGUGGCAGGUUAAGUUUGCGGCUAGAACGACGAACUCCCUUAACGUGACUUCAGAGCUUUCAGAUGUAGCAGACUUGGACUACUUCGACGAGGAAAAGUACACAUCAGAGGCUACAGUCAGCGUGCCUACAAGAACAGCAGCAGCUGAAAAAAGUGCAUCGACAGGCGGAAACACAGCCGGAAAUGAUGAUGUGGCGUUUACAUCCACGAUUCAAGACUCUGACGACGACCAAAUGUACACGUCAAAGGCACCAAGAAAGGAGCCCCCGAGAUACACGAAAGCUGACAAAGGCAAUGGAGAAUCUACAGGCGGACACAGCGCCGAAGACAGCAAUGAUGGCACAUCCACAUCUGCAAUGCCUUUGGUUCUGGCACUUAUUGUGGCUGCGGUGGUGAUCGCUUCUGCCGGACUAUGGGCGCUUAAAAAGAUCAAGGAUGAACGCGAAGACGUGGUGGAAAAAAAGGCUUCUAUUGAAUUGACCGCCACAACAAGUGUGUCAGUGCAGUAGAGUUGAAAACUUUGGAAGUUAAUAAGCUUCACUCAAGACGAGACAUCGCGUAGUGUUUUUAGACUCGCAUGUUCUUAUUGAGCCUGUUUCACCGAAGAUAUACAAUUCCUAAUAUUACGACACUGCACUUUACAUUUUUCAAUAAUUUGCUGCUUCUCGCGCACCUGAAGAUCAGUGAAUAUUUAUUUCAGCAACUGCAUAAUAUACCUAUUCAAAUAGCAGCAA